GCGGUAGCUAAAGCCAGAAUCGAAACAGUGGGAGGUCGCCAGCAGCCUGAGACCAAGUGAACUAGUUUCUCAGACUGAACGCGCGCGGCCCACCUUGCAAGAGACCCCGUGCAGCCGCCCGACUGUGGCGGAGAACGAACCUGAAGGGACUGCGCCUGAACGUAGACCGCCGCCUAGAGCGCCAAGCUGGCGGCCCGGCGACAGCGGCGCCCCUGGCGCCCGUGUACCCCGCAGCCGACGCUGCUGUUGCUACCGUUCUUGUGGUUGGUGCCGGAGGGCGCGGCAGAGAGUCCCUGGGGUCUCCCCGUGGUGGCCGAUGGCCCAGCUUCCUUAGCAAAGGUGGUGAUGGCAGAACUGGCCAGCCUAAAGUUAGAAAACAAGCCAUGGCCUGGAGGGACACAUUCUCUCCGCUAUCACUACCUGGCUCUGUCAGAGCCAGGCCCGAGCCUCCCUGAGUUUUUGGCUGUGGGUUAUGUGGAUGACCAGCCCUUCAUCCGAUAUGACAGUCGUACGGGCAGGGCUGAGCCUCAGGCCACAUGGAUGGCACCUGUGGACACCCAGUACUGGGAGACAGAGACCCAGAAACAGAAGGCAUGGGAGAAAGUACAGCAGGUGGAGAUGUGGACAGUGAUGGGCUACCACAACCAGAGCAGUGGCACACACACUGCUCAACGCAUGUUUGGCUGUGAAGUCCAGGAGGAUGGCAGCUCCACUAGCUUCUGGCAGUUUGGCUUCGAUGGGCAGGACCACCUGUCGUUGGAUAUGGAGACACUGAGCUGGGUAUCAGCUGAGCCAGUGGCCGUGAGGACAAAGCGCUGGUGGGAGACAGAGCAUUGCUAUGCUGAAUACGACAAAGCCUACCUAGAAGGCCUCUGUCUCACCUCCCUGCACAGGUACCUGGAGCUGGGAAGCCAGAGCCUCACCAGGAAAGAGCCUCCCAUGGUGCACAUAACAAAGCACAUGACCCAGGAUGGAGCCACACUGAGGUGCUGGGCCCUGGGAUUCUACCCACAGGACAUCUCAUUGAACUGGUGGCUGGAUGGGGAGGAGCUGAUAUUGGAGACUGAGCAUGUGGAGACCCGCCCCAGUGGAGAUGGCACCUACCAGACAUGGGUGGCUGUUCAGGUGCCGGCUGGGAAAGAGGCUUGGUACAGCUGCCAUGUGUGGCAUCCUGGGCUGAACCAUACACUCACUGUGGCCUGGGAAUCACCUUCGAAUAGUGGGCUCAUUGCCAUGGUUAUCUCCACAGUCUUGAUCACCAUCAUGCUGGUAGCUGUAGUUGUAAUAUGGUCCAAGAGGUGCCUUCAAGCCCCUGGUGCAGGGUUUCAAAAGGAAGAACAAUACUACAAACAAUUGUGUUAAUAGCCACUGUACACUCGUAGUAAGGGGACACCAAGCAAGGUUGAAAAAGAAGACAGUUCAGGAUGCCAGCAAGGAUUGCAGAGGGGAACCACCAAUUUGAAUGUUAAAGAAAAUAGAACACCAAAAAGGAAACCUGUUGAAAUGAAAUGGACACUAUGAGAAAGAGUGACUUGAUCGGCCCUUGUCCUGACUGUUGACAUACAACUUAAUACUUUAUCCCUUCUAGUAUUUUUUUUUAAUUCUACUUAAUACUAUUGGUUGAACUCUGUAAUUAGCACACAAUUAUUCUUAGGUGUUUAAAUUUAACUGAAAAGUGAUCUUGUUAAAUAUAAGAGUGCGAAUAAGAGAGGGAGGAGAUGUACAGUUUGGGACAUGCUCAAGCUGACUUGCCCCAAAUGGUAGAGUUAGAAAUGUGCCAGGGAAAGCCACCGCUGAAGAAGAACUUCUAAGAUCAAUCCCAUUCACAAUAGCUAUAAAAACAAUCAAAUACCUUGGAAUAAACUUAACCAAGGACGUUAAAUAUCUCUACGAUGAAAAUUACAAAACCUUAAAGAAAGAAAUAGAAGAGGAUACCAAAAAAUGGAAAAAUCUUCAAUGCUCAUGGAUUGGGAGAAUCAAUAUCAUCAAAAUGUCCAUUCUCCCAAAAGCAAUUUACAUAUUCAAUGCAAUACCAAUCAAGAUACCAAAGGCAUUCUUCUCAGAUCUGGAAAAAAUGAUGCUGAAAUUCAUAUGGAGACACAGGAGACCUCAAAUAGCCAAAGCAAUCUUGUACAACAAAAACAAAGCCGGAGGCAUCACAAUACCAGAUUUCAGGACAUACUACAGGGCAGUAGUUAUCAAAACAGCACGGUACUGCUACAGAAACAGAUGGAUAGACCAAUGGAACAGAAUAGAAACACCAGAAAUCAACCCAAACAUCUACAGUCAACUCAUAUUUAAUCAAGGAUCCAAAACCAAUCCCUGGAGUAAGGACAGUCUAUUCAAUAAAUGAUGCUGGGAAAACUGGAUUUCCAAGUGCAGAAUCAUGAAGCAAGAUCCCUACCUUUCACCUUACACAAAAAUUCACUCAACAUGGAUUAAAGACUUAAAUAUAUGACCCGACACCAUCAAAUUAUUAGAGAGCAUUGGAGAAACCCUGCAAGAUAUAGGUACUGGCAAAGAUUUCUUGGAAAAUACCCUAGAAGCACAGGCAGUCAAAGCCAAAAUUAACUAUUUGGAUUGCAUCAAAUUGAGAAGUUUCUGUACUUCAAAAGAAAUAGUCAGGAAAGUGAAUAGGCAACCGACAGAAUGGGAAAAAAUUAUUUGCAAACUAUGCAACAGAUAAAGGGUUGAUAACCAGAAUCUACAAAGAAAUCAAGAAACUCCACAACAACAAAACAAACAGACAUUUUUCCAAAAACGAAUCCAAAUGGCCAACAGACACCUGAAAAAAUGUUCAAGAUCACUAGCAAUCAGGGAAAUGCAAAUCAAAACCACAAUGAGGUUUCACCUCACCCCGGUUAAAAUGGCUCACAUUCAGAAAUCUACCAACAAUAGAUGCUGGAGAGGAUGCGGGGAAAAGGGACACUAACCCACUGUUGGUGGGAAUGCAAACUGGUUAAGCCACUAUGGAAGUCAGUCUGGAGAUUCCUCAGAAACCUGAAUAUAACCCUACCAUGCAACCCAGCCAUCCCACUCCUUGGAAUUUACCCAAAAGAAAUUAAUUUGGCAAACAAAAAAGCCAUCUGCACAUUAAUGUUUAUUGCAGCUCAAUUCACAAUAGCUAAGACCUGGAAUCAACCCAAAUGCCCAUCAACAGUAGACUGGAUAAAGAAAUUAUGGGAUAUGUACUCUAUAGAAUACUAUACAGCAGUAAGAAACAAUGAAAUCCGGUCAUUUUCAACAAGAUGGAGGAAUCUAGAAAACAUCAUGCUGAGUGAAUUAAGCCAGUCCCAAAGAGACAAAUAUCAUAUGUUCUCCCUGAUCAACGACAACUAACUUAGCACCAAAGGGGAAACCUGUUGAAGUGAAAUGGGCACUAUGAAAAACAGUGACUUGAUCAGCUCUUGUCUGACUGUUUAUGUACAAUGUAAUACUUUAUCCAUUUUAGUAUUUUUUUUGUUCUAGUACUAGUGGUUGAACUCUGUAAUUAACACACAAUUAUUCUUAGGUGUUUAAAUUUUAAUUGAAAAGUGAUCCCUUUUAAAUAUAAGAGUGGGAAAGAGAGAGGGAGGAGAUGUACAAUUUGGGGCAUGCUCAAUUGGAUCCCCAAAUGGUGGAGUUAGAAACGUGCCAGGGGAUUCUAAUUCAAUCCCAUCAAGGUGGCAUGUACCAAUGCCAUCUCACUAGUCAAAGUCAUCAGUUUCAGUUCACAAUUGAUCACACUGAUAGGUCUAAGAGUCAAAGGGACCACAUAAACAAGACUAAUGUCUGCUAAUACUAACUGAUAGAAUAAAAAAGUUAGAGAAUGAUCUAACAUGGGAAGUGGGAUACAUAGCAGACUCAUAGAAUGGCAGAUGUCCUAAACAGCACUCUGGCCUCAGACUCAGCCCUUAAGGCAUUCGGAUCUGGCUCAAGAGCCCAUGAGAGUAUUUUAGGCAUGGAAAGCCAAGAUACCAUGGAAAAAAAAAAAGAAGACCUAAAUGAAAGAUCUCUGUGAGUGAGAUCCCAGUGGAAAGAAUGGGGCCAUCAAAGAAGGAGGUACCUUUCUCUGAAGGGAGGAGAGAACUUCCACUUUGACUAUGACCCUGUCAGAAUAAGAUCGAAGUCGGCGAACCCUAAAGGCUUCCAUAGCCUUGGCAACUCAUGAAUAGAGCCUAGGGAGAUUACUGAUGCCAUAAACAAGAGUGUCAAAUUGUUAAAUCAACAACAGGAGUUACUGUGUACUUACGUCUCAUGUGGGAUCUGUCCUUAAUGUGUUGUCCAAUGUGAAGUAAUGCUAUAACUAGUACUGAAACAGGCUGGCGCCGCGGCUCACUAGGCUAAUCCUCUGCCUUGCGGCGCCGGCACACCGGGUUCUAGUCCCAGUCGGGGCACUGAUCCUGUCCCGGUUGCCCCUCUUCCAGGCCAGCUCUCUGGGUGGCCAGGGAGUGCAGUGGAGGAUGGCCCAAGUGCUUGGGCCCUGCACCCCAUGGGAGACCAGGAGAAGCACCUGGCUCCUGCCAUCGGAUCAGCGCGAUGCGCAGGUCGCAGCGCCAGCCGUGGCGGCCAUUGGAGGGUGAACCAACGGCAAAAGGAAGACCUUUCUCUCUGUCUCUCCCUGUCCACUCUGCCUGUCAAAAAAAUUUAAAAAUAAAUAAAUAAAUAAAUAACUAGUACUGAAACAAUAUUUUUACACUUUGUGUUUCUGUGGGUGCAAACUGAUGAAAUCCUUACUUAGUAUAUACUGUAUCAAUCUUCUGUAUAUAAAGAUAAUUGAAAAUGAAAAAAAAAACCUGGUGUUAAAUUGGAAAU